ACGAGGAACGUGUGCCUGCCCUGUCUUCAUAUUUUUUUCCCCUUUUAUUUUAGUAGGCACACAAUCACGAAAUUAGAAAUAAAUACAAGUAUAAAACAGGCAUAGCUUCGUAUCUCUAGUUAUUUAUCCAUGGAGUUGAAGACUCUUUGGUUGGUGCAGUCUCUUCAACCGAUUACACUUCUCCUCGUCUGCAUUAUCUUUUGUCUAUACUUAUUCUUAAAACCAAAGUUUUGUUGCAAGUGUAACAUUUGCAAAAGCUAUCUCAACUCAACCUGGAGGCAUGAGUUCCACAACUUAUGUGACUGGUACACUCAUCUUCUUCGAAAAUCACCUACUCAUACCAUACACAUACAUGCUCUUAAUAAUAUUGUCACGGCUAAUCCUGAAAACGUUGAGUACAUGCUCAAAACGAGAUUCGAUAAUUAUCCGAAAGGGAAGCCUUUUUCAGUAAUAUUAGGCGAUCUUUUGGGCAGGGGAAUUUUUAAUGUCGACGGUGAUUUGUGGAGGUUUCAAAGGAAAAUGGCUAGUCUUGAGCUUUGCAGGAGUUCUGUAAAAGCCUACAUGCUUGAUGUUAUUAAUUUCGAGAUUAAAACCCGCCUCACGCCACUAUUAUCAUCAUUUGUUGAUAGAAAAAGCGGCGUUUUGGAUUUGCAAGAUGUUUUUCGUAGAUUUGCAUUUGAUUGUAUUUGCAAGAUUUCAUUCGGUUUGGACCCCAAGUGUCUUGAAUUGUGCCUUCCUAUGUCCGAGUUCGCGGUUUCGUUCGACUUGGCUUCACGGCUAUCAGCUGAGAGAGCUAUGACAACGGUUCCUCUAAUUUGGAAGCUGAAAAGAUUUUUCAACAUUGGUAGCGAAAGAAGACUGAAGAAGGCGAUAAAUAUGAUCAAUGUACUAGCUCAAGAACUGAUUCAACAAAGGCGAAAAAAGGACUUCUCAAAUGAUCCUGACCUUCUUUCUAAAUUUAUGAACAGCAGCAUAACUGACGACGAAACACUACUAAGAGACAUUGUCAUUAGUUUUGUGUUAGCCGGGCGUGACACUGUUGCGUCAGCCCUUACUAGCUUGUUUUGGGUACUAGCUAAUCAUCCAUUGGUCAGUGAAGCCAUCCGAGACGAGGCGGACCGAGUCAUUGGAACCAACCAAGAAAUGUCAAGUAUUGAGCAAUUGCAAAAACUGCACUACUUGCAAGCUGUAGUAUAUGAAGGUAUGAGAUUAUAUCCUCCUGUACAAUUCGAUUCCAAAUUUUGCUUAGAGGACGAUAUUUUACCCGACGGAACAUUUGUGAAGAGUGGAACAAGGAUCACUUACCAUACGUACGCGAUGGGGCGAAUGAAAGAGUACUGGGGUGAGAAUUGUUUAGAGUUCAAGCCUGAGAGAUGGUUAAGAGAUGGUGCAUUUUUCCAAGAGAAUCCUUUUAUGUAUCCUGUGUUUCAAGCUGGAGUCAGGGUCUGCUUGGGAAAAGAAAUGGCUCUGUUAGAGCUUAAAAGUGUCAUUCUUUGCCUAUUGCGAUGCUUUGAUAUUCAGUUGUCUUGUCCCACUCAAAUGCCACGAUUCUCACCGGGUCUAACAGCCACAUUCAGCGGCGGAUUACCGGUAUUAAUUCGUGAGAGAAUACGCUAAAUAGUACAUACACACUGUUGCAUUGAAAAUGAACAUUCGUGUGUUGAACUCCAUUAAUUGUAAAAUUCUUGUUUUCUGGUCCAUCUUUUACACAUCUCAUUCUUCCAUUAUCUAUUCAAGUUACUCCCUCUCUUUUUUUA